GUUUCCAGUCGAACUGAGAGUGCAUUUGCCAAGCGUCAGUUAUCGCGGCCAGUCGGACAACGGCAAAUCGUCUCAAGUUCUAAUCGACAAGUGGAAGUGAAAAAAUAUAGUUCUUACUUUUAUUUUCUCCAACUAUUCGCAAGUGGAAAACCAAACAAAAUACCUAUCAACAAACAACAAAGAAGGCAAAACAAUUAAAAGCUCAAUUUAAUUAGAAUUUGUAAUUAUUUUUAUCGAUUGGAUUGAUUGGUUGAUUUACUGGAACACGGGCAUGUCUGUGAAUAUCCAUUGGUUCCGCCAUGGCCUGCGUCUGCACGAUAAUCCCGCUUUGCUAGAAGCUAUAUCGGAUAAAAACAGAGGCAUCAAACUGUUGCCGGUCUUCAUAUUUGAUGGCGAAAGUGCGGGCACCAAAUGUGUGGGCUACAAUCGUUUUAAGUUCCUCUUGGACUCCCUCAAAGAUCUCGAUGAUCAAUUCCGUGCCAUUAGCGGUGGCAAUGGUGGCCGCCUCUAUCUCUUCCAAGGAAAUCCAGUGCAAAUAUUUCGUAGCCUACAUGAAAAAUUCCGUAUUCACAAGUUGUGUUUCGAACAGGAUUGUGAGCCCAUUUGGAAUGAGAGAGAUAAUUCAGUGAAGGCACUUUGUCACGACUUGGGUAUAGAAGCCGUGGAGAAAAUCUCGCAUACGUUAUGGGAUCCACAGACGGUUAUCGAUACCAAUGGUGGUAUACCACCGUUGACAUAUCAAAUGUUUUUGCACACUGUUCAGGUUAUUGGUCUGCCACCCAGACCAGCAGAUGAUCCCGACUGGACAAAUGUGGAAUUCAUACAAAUCGAGGAGAAUCUCAUAAAGGAACUAAGAGGAUUUCUCGAGUUUCCAACGCCGGAACAAUUCAAAAUUUUUCCCGAAAAACUCAGUUAUUUGGCCAAAACCAAAUGGAUUGGUGGCGAGACCCAAGCCCUACUACACUUGCGCGAACGUCUCAAUGUCGAAGAGAAUGCAUUUCGCUGUGGCCGCUAUCUACCCAAUCAAGCUAGUCCGAAUAUACUCGAAUCUCCGAAAUCGAUGAGUGCCCAUUUGCGUUUCGGAUGCCUAUCGGUCAGGAAAUUCUAUUGGGAUGUCCAUGAUCUCUUUCGAACGGUACAACUGCAGGCGGAGGGGUUUGGAAUGCAAAUGUUUGGUGGGGCUCAUAUCACCGGACAACUUAUAUGGCGGGAGUAUUUCUAUACGAUGUCGGUCAAUAAUCCCUACUAUGAUCGCAUGGAGGGUAAUGCCAUCUGCCUAACCAUUCCCUGGGCACCCACAAAUAUUGAGCAAUUAAAUCGUUGGACGGAGGGUCAGACGGGAUUCCCGUUAAUUGAUGCUGCCAUGCGUCAAUUAUUGGCCGAAGGUUGGCUACAUCAUACCCUGCGUAAUACGGUGGCUACAUUUUUGACACGCGGAGGUCUUUGGCAGAACUGGGAACAUGGUUUGAGGUAUUUCCUUAAACAUCUCCUGGAUGCCGAUUGGUCGGUUUGUGCCGGAAAUUGGAUGUGGGUUAGUUCAUCGGCAUUUGAACGUCUAUUGGAUUCAUCGUUGGUCACCUGUCCCGUGGCCCUGGCCAAACGCUUGGAUCCUUUGGGCACCUACAUCAAACAAUAUGUACCCGAAUUGGCCAAGGUUCCGCAACUGUUUAUCCAUGAACCCUGGCGUAUGCCCCUGGAGGAGCAAGAAAAAGCCGAAUGCCUCAUCGGUGUCCAUUAUCCCAGUCCCAUGAUUGAUCUGACUUUGGCCACAGAACGUAACAUGAAGGCUAUGCGUGAUCUACGUAUGUCCCUGACCUCAGCCGGUGCCCCGGAUAAAACUCCACCCCAUUGCCGGCCAUCGAAUGAGGAAGAAGUCCGCCAUUUCUUUUGGUUAGCUGAUUAAAACUUAGCUGUUUGUAAUUCUUGAGAUUAUCUGAUUUAUAUAACGAAUUUAUCUCAUGUAGAUAAACUUUUUUCGGGAAUAUCUGCACAUUUACCUACAUGUACCUACCACCUACCUAUCUACAUAGUAUAGACCUACAUACAUACAUACAAAAUGGAAAUUGUUGUCGAAAUACUUUUUUUGAGAAAUAAAAACUUCUCGUAAAUGUUGAGUGUGA